UUGAUGUAGUGGCCAAAGAAGGUGAUGGUGUAGUGGUGAUACCGUGCAACUAUUCACAAGUUACUAAUGCACCUUUGGCUAUUAUAUGGAAGGAAGUAAACUACACUGGAGAAGCUAUUAUUGUAAAUAAUAAAGACACUGUAAGUGGACGUUACAGCUUAAGAACAACUCCUGGGAAUGCUGACCUGGUUAUCACAAAGCCAGUUAGGAGUGAUACUCAGAAAAGGUUUCAAUGUCAGAUACUGACAGCAAGCUGGGAGUCCAUAAAUUCAGAUCUUUCCAUCCUCAGUGUAUAUUACCUAGAUGAGCCUGUACUGUCUGCCUCAGCAAGCAGUGUCUAUGAAGAUGAAUCAGUGACCUUGACCUGUAGUAAACCUGAUGGUGACCCGCACCCUAGUAUCACAUGGUAUAAAGAUGGACAAGCACUCAGCAUCACAGACAGCUCUAGAUUUACUACAAGUGAAGAUGCUCUUGAAAUACACAUUAAAGCUGCAACUGCAGCUGAUGGUGGCAGGUAUAUGUGUAAAGCUGAAAGUGAUAAAUUCAGAGGAAAAGAUGGCAAAACCAGUAAUCAUAUUGACUUGAAAGUAAUAUAUCUUACAAUUACAUUUGAAUCAGAAGCUGGCAUUGCAACAUGCACUGCAAAGGGUCAUCCCGAACCAUCUUCUGUAAUAAUAUACAAAGAUGGGGAAAUGAUUGAGAAUGGAACACUUACUGCAUCUAUUUGCUUGAUGUGCAUGUUUUGA